AUGUUUCCAUUAUUCGUUCUAUUGAUCCCCGUGGUUCAGGCGACACCUUCGGUAUGGUCAUGUCCGUUUGUGAACCCGAUGGGACCAAUGGUUCCGCCUGGAAUUGGCGCUGUUGGAGAAGAUUGUCCUACUGACUCAUUCAUCCAUUAUUACGCAUGUUGUGACGACAACCCAUUCCAAUGCUGUUUCCAUUUCGAAACGUGGGCAAUUGUUGUGUUCGCCAUCGCCGGCCUCAUACUCAUUGUCGGCUCAUUAUUUGUCGCCGGCAAACUUCUAAUGACGGCCAACUUUUCGAAAACGCCAAGAACCAUGUGA